AUGGAAGUGGACAGCACUGAUGAACAGGAGCCCAAGACGCAAAGCCAGAGCCUCGCCUCCAAGAUCCCCACUACAACGGCAGCCGGAGCCUUCUCCAACACCAGCACCCUGUCCACGCUCAGCAACCUACGACCAGGUAAUGGUGGAAAUGGUUUACUAAAUGGUACCCUAUUCCCUGGUGGGGUCCUGGUCAACAGGUGACUUGCAGUACAUCAACAGACACUGACACCCAACAGUUACAGUGGGGAGAACAAGUAUUUGAUACACUGCCGAUUUUGCAGGUUUUCCUACUUACAAAGCAUGUAGAGGUCUGUCAUUUUUAUCAUAGGUACACUUCAACUGUGAGAGACGGAAUCUAAAACAAAAAUCCAGAAAAUCACAUUAUAUGAGUUUUAAGUAAUUAAUUUGCAUUUUAUUGCAUGACAUAAGUAUUUGAUACAUCAGAAAAGCAGAACUUAAUAUUUGGUACAGAAACCUUUGUUUGCAAUUACAGAGAUCAUACGUUUCCUGUAGGUCUUGACCAGGUUUGCACACACUGCAGCAGGGAUUUUGGCCCACUCCUCCAUACAGACCUUCUCCAGAUCCUUCAGGUUUCGGGGCUGUCGCUGGGCAAUAUGGACUUUCAGCUCCCUCCAAAGAUUUUCUAUUGGGUUCAGGUCUGGAGACUGGCCAGGCCACUCCAGGACCUUGAGAUGCUUCUUACGGAGCCACUCCUUAGUUGCCCUGGCUGUGUGUUUCGGGUCGUUGUCAUGCUGGAAGACCCAGCCACGACCCAUCUUCAAUGCUCUUACUUAGGGAAGGAGGUUGUUGGCCAAGAUCUCGCGAUACAUGGCCCCAUCCAUCCUCCCCUCAAUACGGUGCAGUCGUCCUGUCCCCUUUGCAGAAAAGCAUCCCCAAAGAAUUAUGUUUCCACCACCAUGCUUCACGGUUGGGAUGGUGUUCUUGGGGUUGUACUCAUCCUUCUUCUUCCUCCAAACACGGCGAGUGGAGUUUAGACCAAAAAGCUAUAUUUUUGUCUCAUCAGACCACAUGGCCUUCUCCCAUUCCUCCUCUGGAUCAUCCAGAUGGUCAUUGGCAAACUUCAGACGGGCCUGGACAUGCGCUGGCUUGAGCAGGGGGACAUUGCGUGCACUGCAGGAUUUUAAUCCAUGACGGCGUAGUGUGUUACUAAUGGUUUUCUUUGAGACUGUGGUCCCAGCUCUCUUCAGGUCAUUGACCAGGUCCUGCCGUGUAGUUCUGGGCUGAUCCCUCACCUUCCUUAUGAUCAUUGAUGCCCCACGAGGUGAGAUCUUGCAUGGAGCCCCAGACCGAGGGUGAUUGACCGUCAUCUUGAACUUCUUCCAUUUUCUAAUAAUUGCGCCAACAGUUGUUGCCUUCUCACCAAGCUGCUUGCCUAUUGUCCUGUAGCCCAUCCCAGCCUUUUGCAGGUCUACAAUUCUAUCCCUGAUGUCCUUACACAGCUCUCUGGUCUUGGCCAUUGUGGAGAGGUUGGAGUCUGUUUGAUUGAGUGUGUGGACAGGUGUCUUUUAUACAGGUAACGAGUUCAAACAGGUGCAGUUAAUACAGGUAAUGAGUGGAGAACAGGAGGGCUUCUUAAAGAAAAACUAACAGGUCUGUGAGAGCCGGAAUUCUUACUGGUUGGUAGGUGAUCAAAUACUUAUGUCAUGCAAUAAAAUGCAAAUUAAUUACUUAAAAAGCAUACAAUGUGAUGUUCUGGAUUUUUGUUUUAGAUUCCGUCUCUCACAGUUGAAGUGUACCUAUGAUAAAAAUUACAGACCUCUACAUGCUUUGUAAGUAGGAAAACCUGCAAAAUCGGCAGUGUAUCAAAUACUUGUUCUCCCCACUGUAUAUCAACCUCCCGAGUGGCGCAGUGGUCUAAGGCGCUGCAUCUCAGUGCUAGCUGUGCCACUAGAGAUCCUGGUUCAAAUCCAGGCUCUGUCGUAGCCGGCCGCGUCCCGGGAGACCCAUGGGGCGGCGCACAAUUGGCCCAGCGUCGUCCAGGGUAGGGGAGGGAAUGGCCGGCAGGGAUGUAGCUCAGUUGGUAGAGCAUGGUGUUUGCAACGCCAGGGUUGUGGGUUCGCUUCAGUAUGAAAAAUACAAAAAUAAUGUAUGCACUCACUCUGGAUAAGAGCGUCUGCUAAAUGACUAAAAAAUGUAAAAAUAAUGACCCACUAAUAAUUUAAUUAUUUUAUCAAAAGAGUUUAACCUGUUUUUUUUGUUGCAAUAAUCACUGAUCUGGCUUUCAAGUCGGUCUAUAAAAAUGCAAUUUUUUGUUAUAAUGUAACUAGAACCAUCCAUAAACACAUUCACUAAUAAUGACUAACUUCUUGUAACAGGCAUUAGCCUGUAGAAAAUGAACACUGGUCUCAUCAACAAUCUCUCAAGCCCACGUGCUAGUGAUUAGCCAGCUAAUCUUUAUAUUUCAAGUUUAGCCAACUUGGAUCUACAGUAUUUGCUAGCUAACAAGGUAGAACAGUUGAAUUAUGAACACACCCUUCUGUCUGUCUCGAAUUUGCCAAUCUUGGUGUUCUCUGGCAAAUGCCAAACGUCCUGCACGGUGUUGGGCUGUAAGCACAACCCCCACCUGUGGACGUCGGGCACUCAUACCACCCUCAUGGAGUCUGUUUCUGACCGUUUGAGCAGACACAUGCACAUUUGUGGCCUGCUGGAGGUCAUUUUGCAGGGCUCUGGCAGUGCUCCUCCUGCUCCUCCUUGCACAAAGGCGGAGGUAGCAGUCCUGCUGCUGGGUUGUUGCCCUCCUACGGCCUCCUCCACGUCUCCUGAUGUACUAGCCUGUCUCCUGGUAGCGCCUCCAUGCUCUGGACACUACGCUGACAGACACGGCAAACCUUCUUGCCACAGCUCGCAUUACAUUUACAUUUUAGUCAUUUAGCAGACGCUCUUAUCCAGAGCGACUUACAGUUAGUGAAUACAUUAUUUUUUUUAAAUACUGGCCCCCCGUGGGAAUCGAACCCACAACCCUGGCGUUGCAAACGCCAUGCUCUAUCAACUGAGCUACAUCCCUGCCGGCCAUUCCCUCCCCUACCCUGGACGACGCUGGGCCAAUUGUGCGCCGCCCAUGAGUCUCCCGGUCGCGGCCGGCUGCGACAGAGCCUGGAUUCGAACCAGGAUCUCUAGUGGCACAGUUAGCACUGCGAUGCAGUGCCUUAGACCACUGCGCCACUCAGGAGACACAUUGAUGUGCCAUCCUGGAUGAGCUGCACUACCUGAGCCACUUGUGUGGGUUGUAGACUCCGUCUCAUGCUACCACUAGAGUGAAAGCACCGCCAGCAUUCAAAAGUGACCAAAACAUCAGCCAGGAAGCAUAGGAGCUGAGAAGUGGUCUGUGGUCACCACCUGCAAAACCAGUCCUUUAUUGGGGGUGUCUUGCUAAUUGCCUAUAAUUUCCACCUGUUGUCUAUUCCAUUUGCACAACAGCAUAUGACAUUUAUUUUCAAUCAGUGUUGCUUCCUAAGUGGACAGAUUGAUUUCACAGAAGUGUGAUUGACUUGGAGUUACAUUGUGUUGUUUUUAAGUGUUCCCUUUAUUUUUUUGAGCAGUGUAUAUUGAAUGCAAUAACAUAAAUUACCGUAACCGAACAAAUAUUGUAGUUUAGAAAUUAUGGGAAUUAACGGUAAAUGUGCUACUGGUGAUAUAUGUAAUGGGGAAUUUAUAGACACUAACCAUCAAAGGGCCAAAAAUUCACACAAUGAAGUUAUGAACACACACAAAUGGGCAGGAGAGUGCAUUCUGGAGAGGGACGCGCCUUCUGCAUCUAAGCCACACUCUCGACACAUUAUCUUUACACAUAUAGUAGGCCUGAGGAAUACUCUCACAAACUGUGUCGGAUCCAAAGCAGUAGCCGUUUAUUUAAAACCAAUGCAAUUUAAUUGAUUUUCUCAAUUUUAUCAAAUUGCUGGGUGUGCCAAGGCAAAUACCUCGCGCCGCUCAUGCCGUACGUUGCCGAUGGCUGUCUUAGAGGGGUGGAAUGUACCAUCCCUGUGGUCUCCGUAAUGGAUUAGUCCACUGAGACGGGAGCCAAUCAGACAGGUGUCUCGUGUGCCUCUAAAAAUUAAUUGCGAUUGCCCCCCCCCCCCCCCCCCCCCCCCCAAAACAAUCUACCGACCAAACAAUCGACCAGUCGACUAAAUGCGGUCAGCCCUACUGUGUUGAACGUUACAGUAGUUUUGACGUUGCCAUCAGAUUGUACUUUGUUAGCCAGCAAGCAUUCAAUAUGGUUUGUAGUGAGGGACUUCCCGAUGUGCCAAACCUAGGAAAGGCUAGCUACCUGGGCUAGAAACAGCUGGCUAGAAAAACGACAUAGUGCACACACAAUUGUACUUUUUCGCUUAAGUUUUCAUGUACUGAAUUAAAAUCUAAAAUUCAUUGUGUUUCCAUCGCAUUUUCAAUUCUACCGAUAGUUUUGUCACAAAAAACUGUUGCGUUAAAUAGCAAAUGUGCCUACUCAGGUCUUGGCACGUUCGCUUUAGCCAACAGCUCGCAGAUACAGUGCGGGUAGUCUAGUCUACAUCAGGAGAUUAUUAUGGAGAAUAUUUUUAUUAAAUGGCAUUCAAGCAUUGACCAUGUCACCAGAAUAAGACCCUCGAUAUUUAAUGGAAAGGAGCAUCAAGCUCAUCACCGUGGCCCUUUCACCACCCUGUGAAGUUCAUCAUAAUUAAUUUAAUCUGUAUCCUAAUAAACUGCAUGCUUUCCCAAGUCGUAGUGGGAGGACCACAAACCAUAUCAUCGCGUGACUCCCAAGUUUACUUCGAUAUGAUGGUUAUUAUAUCAAUAUUUGCGCAUAAAGGUGUUUCUACUGCCAUUUCGCGCAUAGUUAAUUUUACAGACACAAAGAUCCCACCCUGUCGAACAAACAAAUGAUCUGUCGGCAUUUUAUAUAAUUGUACUGAAACGUCCUUUUUCCUUCACAGCUGUCGUGAUAUGCAUAAAAACUGUGGAUGGAAACGUGUUUAUAGAUGAAAAAAUCUGCAACGUCUCAUUGCUAGCAGCAGACAGAACAUUGAAAAACGACCUAGCGUGUGUGAACAGAACGAUGUAACUAGCCAAAAAACACAAGGGCAAAGUCUCACUCUAGUAGCCUUUUCGGGUUAAUUCAAACAAUUUCUAUAUGUGGUGUUUUGGAUUGGAAGAAAAAAAACGGUUCCCAAAUGCUCUUUAUGACCACCUGCCAAUGUGGAUGGUGAAAUAGACGUUCUUACCUGCCAAUUUACAACAUCUACCCGCAUUUGGUGUGUGUUAAUGGUGGUGACCCCACUGCCAUCAUGUCAAGUCCUUGACAUGUCUAACAUGUUUGGCCUGACAAUAACCUGUCUUUAACCUGUCUUCUCCCUUUCAUCUACACUGAUUUUGAAGUGGAUUUAACAAGUUACAUCAAUAAGCAGUUGACAUGAUGGCACAAACAGAUCUGGGACCAAGCUAGAACUCUUCACCUUUGAUCUUACUGACUUCUGACCUCUGACCUCUGACCUGUCCUUUCCAGGUGAGAUCCCGGACGCGGCCUUCAUCCACGCGGCAAGGAAGCGUCGUCAGAUGGCGAGGGAGCUAGGCGGCGACGCCCCCCUGGUGGAGACGGACACACCCAAGAAGCGUCUGGUCAGAGAGGAGGAAGAGGAAGGGGACGGGAGUGAUGAUGAUGAUGAUGAAGAGGAAAAGAGAAUCAGCUUCAGUGGAGUCAAGAACAAGAGCCAGAGGACCAGGAUAGCAGAGGAGAUAGGUUAGUUACAUUUACACAUUAGGGAACACCUUACUGAUAUCGAGUUGCACCUCCCCUUGUGCCCUCACAACAGCCUCAAUUCGUCAGGGGAAUGGACUGUACAAGGUGUCAAAAGCGUUCCACAGGGAUGCUGGCCCAUGUUGACGCCAAUGCUUCCCGCAGUUGUGUCGACUUGUCUGGAUGUCCUUUGGGUGGGUGGGACCAUUCUUGAUAAACACGGGGAACUGUUGAGCGUGAAAAACCCAGCAGCGUUGCAGUUCUUGACACACUCAAACCGGUGCGCCUGGCACCUACUACCACACCCCGUUCAAAGACACUUACAUAUUUUGUCUUGCCCAUUCACCCUCUGAAUGGCACAUAUACACAAUCCAUGCCUCAAUUGUCUCAAGGCUUAAAAAUCAUUAUUUAACCUGUCCCCUCCCCUUCAUCUACACUGAUUUGAAGUGGAUUUAACAAGUGACAUCAAUAAAGGAUCAUAGCUUUCACCUGGUCAGUCUGUCAUGGAAAGAGCAGGUGUUCUGCUACUGAUACUACCAAUACACUACUAGCUACUACUACUACUACCAAUACACUACUAGCUGCUACUACUACUACCAAUACACUACUAGCUGCUACUACUACUACCAAUACACUACUACUACUACUACCAAUACACUACUAGCUGCUACUACUACUACCAAUACACUACUAGCUGCUACUACUACUACCAAUACACUACUACUACUACUACCAAUACACUACUAGCUGCUACUACUACUACCAAUACACUACUAGCUGCUACUACUACUACCAAUACACUACUAGCUGCUACUACUACUACCAAUACACUACUACUACUACUACCAAUACACUACUACUACUACUACCAAUACACUACUAGCUGCUACUACUACUACCAAUACACUACUAGCUGCUACUACUACUACCAAUACACUACUACUACUACUACCAAUACACUACUAGCUGCUACUAGCUACUACUACUAAUACUACUACUACUACUGCUGCUACUGAUACUAGCAAUACACUACUAGCUGCUACUAGCUACUACUACUAAUACUACUACUACUACUGCUGCUACUGAUACUAGCUACUACUACUACUACCAAUACACUACUACUACUACUACUACCAAUACACCACUAGCUGCUACUACUACCAAUACACCACCAGCUGCUACUACUACUAGCUACUACUACUACCAAUACACUACUAGCUGCUACUACUGCUACUACUAGCUACUAGAUACUACUACCAAAACACUACUAGCUACUACUACCGCUACUACUACUACCAAUACACCACUAGCUGCUACUACUACCACACUACCAAUAUACUACUAGCUACUACCGCUGCUACUACUAGCUACUACUACUACUACUACCAAUACACUACUAGCUGCUGCUACUACUACUACCAAUACACUACUAGCUGCUGCUACUACUACUAGCUACUACUACUACUAGCUGCUGCUACUACUACUACUACUACUACCAAUACACUACUAGCUACUACUAGCUACUUUUACUACCAAUACACUACUAGCUACUGCUACUACUACAACUACAACAACAACUACUACUACUACCAAUUCACUACUAGCUGCUACUACUACUAGCUACUACUACUACUACUACUACCAAUACACUACUAGCUACUACUACCACUACACUACUAGCUACUACUACUACUACUACUACCACUACUACUACUAGCUACUACUACUACCGCUCCUACUACUAGCUAUUACUACUACUACUACUACUACUACUACUACCAAUACACUACUAGCUUCUACUACUACUACUACUACUACUACUACCAAUACACUACUAGCUACUGCUACUACUAGCUACUACUACCAAUACACUACUAGCUACUGCUACUACUACUACUUGCUACUACUACUACUAGCUACUACUACCAAUACGCUACUACUACUACUACCAAUACACUACUAGCUACUACUACUACCAAUACACUACUAGCUACUACUACCGCUACUACUACUACUACUACUACUACUACUAAUACACUACUAGCUACUACUACUACUUCUACUACCAAUACACUACUAGCUACUACUACUACCAAUACACUACUAGCUAUUACUACUAGCUGCUACUACUACUACUACUACUACCAAUACACUACUACUACUACUACUACUACUAUUACUACUAGCUACUACCAAUACACUACUAGCUACUACUACCGCUACUACUACUACACUACCAAUACACUGCUGCUGCUACUACUACUACUACUACUACUAGCAAUAUACUACUACUACUACUACACUUCUAGCUACUACUAGCUACUACUACUACCAAUACACUACUAGCUACUACUACUACUACUACCAAUACACUACUAGCUACUACUACUACUACUACCAAUACACUACUACUACUACUACUACUACCAAUACACUACUAGCUACUACUACUACCAAUACACUACUACUACUACUACUACCAAUACACUUCUAGCUACUACUGCUACUAUUACUACUACUACUACUACUACUACUACUACCAAUAGACUACUAGCUACUACUAGCUACUUUUACUACCAAUACACUACUAGCUACUGCUACUACUUCAACUACAACAACAACUUCUACUACUACCAAUACAUUACUAGCUACUACUACUACUACUACCAAUACGUGGUCCUCUGUAGCUCAAUUGGUAGAGCAUGGCGCUUGUAACGCCAGGGUAGUGGAUUCGAUCCCCGGGACCACCCAUACGUAGAAAUGUAUGCACACAUGACUGUAAGUCACUUUGGAUAAAAGCAUCUGCUAAAUGGCAUAUUAUUAAUACACCACUAGCUGCUGCUACUACUACCACAUUGCUACUACUACUAGCUACUACUACUGCUACUAACUACUACUAGCACUACUACUAGCUACUACUACUAGCUACUACUACUGCUGCUGCUACUACUAGCUACUACUACUAGCACUACUACUAGCUACUACUACUACCGCUGCUACUACUAGCUAUUACUACUACUACUACCAAUACACUACUAGCUACUACUACUACUACUACUACUUCUACUACCAAUACACUACUAGCAGCUGCUACUACACUACUAGCUACUACUACUACCAAUACACCACUAGCUGCUACUACUACCACACUACCAAUAUACUACUAGCUACUACCGCUGCUACUACUACUACUACUACUACUAAUACACUACUAGCUACUACUACUACUACUACUACUACUACUACUACUACUACUUCUACUACCAAUACACUACUAGCAGCUGCUACUACACUACUAGCUACUACUACUACCAAUACACCACUAGCUGCUACUACUACCACACUACCAAUAUACUACUAGCACUACUACUAGCUACUACUACCGCUGCUACUACUAGCUAUUACUACUACUACUACCGAUACACUACUACUACUACUACUACUACUACUACUACUAUGACCAAUACACUACUAGCUACAUAUACUAAUACACUACUAGCUACUGCUACUACUACUAGCUACUACUACCAAUACACUACUAGCUGCUGCUACUAUUACUACUACUAGCUACUACUACCAAUACACUACUAGCUACUACUACUACUUCUACUACCAAUACACUACUAGCUGCUACUACUACUACUACUACCGCUACUACUACUGCUGCUACUACUACUACUGCUACUACUACACUACUAGCUACUACUACUACCGCUACUACUACUGCUACUACUACUAGCUACUACUACUACCAAUACACCACUAGCUACUACUACUACUACUACCGCUACUACUACUGCUACUACUACUACUACUACUGCUACUACUACUACCAAUACACCACUAGCUGCUACUACUACCACACUACCAAUAUACUACUACUACUACUACUACUGCUACUACUAGCUACUACUAGCUACUACUACUAGCUACUACUAGCUACUACUACUACCGCUGCUACUACUAGCUAUUACUACUACUACUACCAAUACACUACUAGCUGUUGCUGCUACUACUACUACUAGCUGCUACUACUACUACUACUACUACUACUACUACUACUACUACUACUACUACUACUACUACUACUACUACUACUACGACCAAUACACUACUAGCUACAUAUACUAAUACACUACUAGCUACUGCUACUACUACUAGCUACUACUACCAAUACACUACUAGCUGCUGCUGCUACUACUACUACAACUAGCUACUACUACCAAUACACUACUAGCUACUACUACUACUUCUACUACCAAUACACUACUAGCUGCUACUACUACUACUACCAAUACACUACUCGCUGCUACUACUACUACUACUACUACUACCAAUACACUACUAGCUGCUACUACUACUACUACUAUCUAAUACUACUACUACUAUCUAAUACUACUACUAAUACACUACUAGCUACUGCUACUGCUACUACUAGCUAUUACUACUACUACUACUACCGAUACACUACUGGCUGCUACUACUACUACUAGCUGCUACUAGCUACUACUACUACUACUACUACUACUACUACGACCAGCUACAUAUACUAAUACACUACUAGCUACUGCUACUACUACUACUAGCUACUCCUUCCAAUACACUACUAGCUACUGCUACUACUACUACUACCAAUACACUACUAGCUACUACUACUACUACUACUACUACUACUACUACUUCUACUACCAAUACACUACUAGCUGCUGCUACUACUACUACUACUACUACUACUACCAAUACACUACUAGCUGCUACUACUACUACUACACUACUACCAAUACACUACUAGCUGCUGCUACUACUACUACUAGCUACUACUGCUACUACCAAUACACCACUAGCUGCUGCUACCGCUACUACUAGCUGCUACUACUACCAAUACACUACUAGCUACUACUACACUACCAAUACACUGCUGCUGCUGCUGCUGCUACUACUACUAGCUACUACUACUAACUACUACUACUAGCUACUACUACUAGCAAUAUACUACUACUACUACUACUACCAAUACACUACUAGCUGCUACUACUACCACCAAUACACUACUACUGCUGCACUACUACUACUACUACUACUACUACUACUACUACUACUACUACCAAUACACUACUACUACUACUACUGUUACCAUAGUCAAGAACAAGAGCCAGAUACUAGAGGAGAUGGGUAGGAUAUACAGUGCCUUCAGAAAGCCUUCACACUCCUUGACUUGUUCCACAUUUUGUUGUGUUACAGCCUGAAUUUAAGAUGGAUUACAUUUAGAUUUUGUGUCACUGGCCUACACACAAUACCCCAUAAUGUCAAAGUCGAAUUACGUUUUUAGUCAUUUUUACAAAUUAAUUAAUUAAGAAAAGCUGAAAUGUCUUGAGUCAAUAAGUAUUCACCGCUUUGACAUGGCAAGCCUAAAUAAGUUCAGGAGUAAAAAUGUGCUUAAGUCACAUAAUAAGUUGCAUGGACUCAUUCUGUGUGCAAUAAUAGUUUUUAACAUGAUAUUUACAUUUUAGUAAUUUAGCAGACGCUCUUAUCCAGAGCGACUUACAGGAGCAAUUAGGGUUAAGUGCCUUGCUCAAGGGCAUGUCGACAGAUUUUUCACCUAGUCGGCUCGGGGAUUAGAACCAGCGACCUUUCGGUUACUGCCACAACGCUCUUACCCACUAAGCUACCUGCCGCCCCGACUACCUCAUCUCUGUACCCGACACAUACAAUUAUCUGAAAGGUCCAUCAGUCAAGCAGUGAAUUUCGAACACCGAUUCAACCACAAAGACCAGGGAUGUUUUUCAAUGCCUCGCAAAGAAGGGCACCUAUUGGUAGAUGGGUAAAUAUACGAAGAGCAGACGUUGAAUAUCCCUUUGAGCAUGGUAUAUCAAUACACCCAGUUACUACAAAGAUGUCCUUCCUAAUUCGGUUGCCGGAGAGGAAGGAAACUGCUCCGGGAUUUGAAGGCACUAAAGUAAAACUGCAAAAAAUGGCAAAGAAAUUAACUUUUUGUCCUGAAUACAAAGUGUAAUGUUUGGGGCAAAUCCAACACAACACAUCACUGAGUACCACUCUUCAUAUUUUCAAGCAUGGUGGUGACUGCAUCAUGUUAUGGGUAUGCUUGUCAUCGGCAAGGACUGGAGUUUUUUAGGAUGAAAAUAAACGGAAAAGAGCUAAGCACAGGCAAAAUCCUAGAGGAAAACCUGGUUCAGUCUGCUUUCCAACAGACACUGGGAGACAAAUUCUCCUUUCAGCAGGACAAUAACCUAAAACACAAUGCCAAAUAUACACUGGAGUUGCUUACCAAGACGACAUUGAGUGUUCCUGAGUGGCUUCGUUACAGUUUUGACUUAAAUCUGCUUGAAAAUCUAUGGCAAGACUUGAAAAUGGCUGUCGAGCAAUGAUCAACAACCAACUUGACAGAGCUUGAAAAAUGUGCAAAUAUUGGACAAUCAAGGUGUGCAAAGCUCUUAGAGACUUACCCAGAAAGACUCACAGCUGUAAUGGCUGCCAAAGGUGACUCUAACGUGUAUUGACUUAUGUAAAUGAGAUUUCAUUUUCAAUACAUUUGCAAACAUUUCUAAUAACGAAGUUUUCACUUUGUCUUUAUGGGGUAUUGUGUGUAGAUGGGUGAGAGGGGGAAAAAAACAAUUUAAUCCAUUUAGAUUUUAAGCUGUAUCACAACAAAAUGUGGAAUAAGUCAAGGGGUAGGAAUACUUUCUGAAGGCACUAACAAUUCUCCCCCCCCCCCCCCCCCCCUUCUCUCUCCUCCCUUCCCCCUCCUCCCCUCUCCUCCCUCCCUCCCUCCUCCCCUCCCUCCCUCCCUCCCUCCCCUCCCUCCUCCCCUCCCUCCCUCCCUCCCUCCCUCCUCCCCUCCCUCCCUCCCUCCCCUCCCCUCCCCUCCCUCCCUCCUCCCCUCCCCUCCCCUCCCUCCCUCCCUCCUCCCCUCCCUCCCUCCCUCCCUCCUCCUUCCCUCCGCUCCUUCCCCUCCUCCCUCCCCUCCCUCUCUCCUCCCUCCUCUCCUCCCUUCCCCCUCAUAUUACUCCCUCUCGUCCUCCUUCCCUCUCCUCCCUCUCUCCUCCCUGUCCCGCCUCCUCCCGCUCUGCCUCCCACGCCUCUCUCCUCCCUCCCCUCUCUCCUCCUUCUCUCCUCCACUCUUCCCCUCAUAGUAUAGAGGGUAGUGAUGAUGAGGCGUUGGAUACAGGAGGUCAGGAUGAGGAGGUGUCACGCUGGGAACAGGAGCAGAUACGCAAAGGGACCAGCAUCCCCCAGGUAAUACCACACUCACACAAACCAGCAUCCCCCAGGUAACACUCACACACACCAACAUCCCCCCAGGUAAUACCACACUCACACACACCAGCAUCCCCCAGGUAAUACCACACUCACACACACCAGCAUCCCCCAGGUAAUACCACACCCACACACACCAGCAUCCCCCAGGUAACACCACACUCACACUAAACCAGCAUCCCCAAGGUAAAUACCACACUCACCCCACACCAGCAUCCCCCCAGUAAUACCACACUCACACCCCCAAACAUCCCCGGUUACCACACUCAACCACCCAUCCCCCAGGUAAUACACACUCACACACACCAGCAUCCCCCAAGGUAAUACCACACUCACACACACCAGCAUCCCCCAGGUAAUACCACACUCACACACACCAGCAUCCCCCAGGUAAUACCACACUCACACACACCAGCAUCCCCCGGUAAUACCACACUCACACACACCAGCAUCCCCCCAGGUAAUACCACCCACUCACACCCACCACAUCCCCCAGGUAUACCACACUCACACCACACAUCAUCCCCCCAGGUAACACACACACACCAGCAUCCCCCAGGUAAUACCACACUCCACACACCCAGCAUCCCCCAAGUAAUACCACACUCACACACACCAGCAUCCCCCAGGUAAUCACCACACUCACACCCACCAUCCCCCCAGGUAAUACCACACUCACACCCACGCAUCCCCCCAGGUAAUACCACACUCACACACACCAGCAUCCCCCCAGGUAAUACCACACUCACACACACCAGCAUCCCCCCAGGUAAUACCACACUCACACACACCAGCAUCCCCCGGUAACACCCACACCACAUCCCCCAAGUUAAUACCACACUCACACACACCAUGCAUCCCCCCAGUAUACCACACUCACACACACCAGCAUCCCCCCAGGUUAAUACCACACUCACACACACCCGCAUCCCCCCAGGUAAUCCACACUCACACACACCAGCAUCCCCCCAGGUAAUACCACACUCACACCACACCAGCAUCCCCCCCAGGUAAUACCACACUCACACACACCACAUCCCCCCCAGGUAAUACCACACUCACACACACCAGCAUCCCCCCAGGUAUACCAACUCACACACCCACCAGCAUCCCCAGUAACACACACACACCAGCCAUCCCCCCAGUAUCCACACUCACACUCCACCACAUCCCCCCCAGGUAAUACCACACUCACACACACCAGCAUCCCCCCAGGUAAUACCACACUCACACACACCAGCAUCCCCCAGGUAACACACACACACCAGCAUCCCCCAGGGUAAUACCACUCACACACCCCGCAUCCCCAAGGUAAUACCACACUCACACACACCGCAUCCCCCAGGUAUACCACACCUACACACACCAGCAUCCCCCAGGUAAUACCACACUCACAAACACCAGCAUCCCCAGGGUAAUACCACACUCACACAUACAGCAUCCCCGGUAAUCCACACUCUCACAAACCAGCAUCCCCCAGGUAAUACCACACUCUCAAACCAGCAUCCCCCAGUAAUACCACACUCUCACACCCAGCAUCCCCCAGGUAAUACCACACUCUCACAAACACAGCAUCCCCCAGGUAAUACCACACUCUCACAAACCAGCAUCCCCCAGGUAAUACCACACUCUCACAAACCAGCAUCCCCCAGGUAAUACCACACUCUCACAAACCAGCAUCCCCCAGGUAAUACCACACUCUCACAAACCAGCAUCCCCCAGGUAAUACCACACUCACACACGCCAGCAUCCCCCCAGGUAAUACCACACUCUCACACACCAGCAUCCCCCAGGUAAUACCACACUCACACACGCCAGCAUCCCCCAAGGUAACACACACCAUACAUUGUGUUGUUGUGUAGGUCCAGUCCUGCCAGCCAGACGACAGCGGUAGCGGUAGUAUGUACUACCAGAGCAACAGCUACGACCCCCAGCAGCCCUACAGCUCUACCUACAGCCUGCCCUACUCCUACAUUAGCAAGGCUGAGGGCUGCGCACUGGUCUACAGCGCCCCUGGUGGUGACCUUUCACCUGUCACUGCUGACCUGGUCAAGACACGCCUCAGAGACAGGUACCCGACGGAUCCAGUACUCUGCUAACCCUGACGUUGACCUUUCACCUGUCACUACUGACCUGGUCAAGGAAAGUAUUCAGACCCCUUCACUUUUUCCACAUUUUGUUACGUUAAAGCCUUAUUCUAAAAUUGAUUUUUUUUAUUUAUUUCCCCGUCAUCAAUCUAAACACACUACCCCAUAAUGACGAAGCAAAAACAGGUUUUUAGAAGAAAAAAAACGGAAAUAUCACAUUUACAUAAGUAUUCAGACCCUUUCCUCAGUACUUUGUUGAAGCACCUUUGGCAGUGAUUACAGCCUCAAGUCUUCUUGGGUAUGACGCUACAAGCUUGGCACACCUGUAUUUGGGGAGUUUCUCCCAUUCUUCUCUGCAGAUCCUCUCAAGCUCUGUCAGGUAGGAUGGGGAGCGUCGCUGCACAGCUAUUUUCAGGUCUCUCCAGAGAUGUUCUAUCGGGUUCAAGUCCAGGCUCUGGCUGGGCCACUCAAGGACAUUCAGAGACUUGUCCCAAAGCCACUCUUGCGUUGUCUUGGCUGAAUGCUUAGGGUCGUUGUCCUGUUGAAGGUGAACCUUUGCCCCAGUCUGAGGUCCUGAGCGCUCUGGAGCAGGUUUUCAUCAAGGAUCUCUCUGUACUUUGCUCCGUUCAUCUUUCCCUCGAUCCUGACUAGUCUCCCAGUCCCUGCUGCUGAAAAACAUCCCCACAGCAUGAUGCUGCCACCACCAUGGUUCACCGUAGAGAUCGUGCCAGGUUUCCUCCAGACGUGACGCUUGGCAUUCAGGCCAAAGAGUUCAAUCUUGGUUUCUUCAGACCAGAGAAUCUUGUUUCUCAUGGUCUGAGAAUCCUUUAGGUGCCUUUUGGCAAACUCCAAGCGGGCUGUCAUGUGCCUUUUACUGAGGAGUGGCUUCCGUCUGGCCACCCUACCAUAAAGGCCUGAUUGGUGGAGUGCUGCAGAGACGGUUGUCCUUCUGGAAGGUUCUCCCAUCUCCACAGAGGAACUCUAGAGCUCUGUCAGAGUGACCAUCGGGUUCUUGGUCACCUCCCUGACCAAGGCCCCUAUCCCCCGAUUGCUCAGUUUGGCCGGGCGGAUGCACCUGAGCUCAAUUUCGAGUCUCAUAGCAAAGGGUCUGAAUACUUAUUUAAAUAAGGUAUUUCGGUUUUUAUUUUUAUUUUACCUGUUUUCACUUUUUCAUUUUGAGGUAUUGUGUGUAGUUUCAAAACAUGCAAUCAAUUUUAGAAUAAAGCAGUAAUGUAACAAUGUGGAAAAAGUGAAUGGGUCUGAAUACUUUCCGAAUGCAACAUAUGCCUCAGAGACAGGUGCCUGACAGAUUCAGCACUCUACUCCAGCGGUUCUCAACUGGUAGGUCGUGACCCAAAUUAGGUUUGGAAUGGGUCUCAAGUCUGAGUAAAAUAAAAUAAAAAUAAAAAAUACUCCAGUCUGAAAUAAAUGACUAAAACCAGGUAGAAAUGAUAAUGGACAUAUAUUUUUAUAUCAUUUUAUAUCGGAAAUCUUUUUCUUCAAUCACAGUAUUUUUUUGUUCAGUUUAUUUGGUGGAUUCUUCUGGUCUCAUACCAGUGAGCUUAGCAUUCUUCAAGAAUAUGAGCAAAAUGGAAUUAUUGACUAUGGAAAAAGUUGGGACUGUUCCCGUUUCAUAUAAUUGGUACAUUUUACUGUGAAUAUAGCGUUAAUCAUAGUUUUCCAGAUUGCAUUUUGGCAACAGCAAAAAAUGGAGACGCGAAUAUUGGAUCACCACUGAGACAAGCUGGUUCAAUUUGGGUCCUGGGGGUAAACCAGUUGGACUACUGAGCUACUCUAAUGUGGUUCUGUUACCUUACCACUCAAUUCUGCUGUUACUGGCAUCCCAGCCAGCUAGAAGCCACUCCAUUCUGCUGUUACUGGAAUCCCAGCCAGCUAGAAGCCACUCCCUUCUGCUGUUACUGGAAUCCCAGCCAGCUAGAAGCCACUCCCUUCUGCUGUUACUGGAAUCCCAGCCAGCUAGAAGCCACUCCCUUCUACUACGCUGUUACUGGAAUCCCAGCCAGCUAGAAGCCACUCCAUUCUGCUGUUACUGGAAUCCCAGCCAGCUAGAAGCCACUCCCUUCUGCUGUUACUGGAAUCCCAGCCAGCUAGAAGCCACUCCAUUCUACUGUUACUGGAAUCCCAGCCAGCUAGAAGCCACUCCCUUCUGCUGUUACUGGAAUCCCAGCCAGCUAGAAGCCACUCCCUUCUGCUGUUACUGGAAUCCCAGCCAGCUAGAAGCCACUCCCUUCUGCUGUUACUGGAAUCCCAGCCAGCUAGAAGCCACUCCCUUCUGCUGUUACUGGAAUCCCAGCCAGCUAGAAGCCACUCCCUUCUGCUGUUACUGGAAUCCCAGCCAGCUAGAAGCCACUCCCUUCUGCUGUUACUGGAAUCCCAGCCAGCUAGAAGCCACUCCCUUCUGCUGUUACUGGAAUCCCAGCCAGCUAGAAGCCACUCCCUUCUACUACGCUGUUACUGGAAUCCCAGCCAGCUAGAAGCCACUCCCUUCUGCUGUUACUGGAAUCCCAGCCAGCUAGAAGCCACUCCAUUCUGCUGUUACUGGAAUCCCAGCCAGCUAGAAGCUGUGUGGUUUGUGCUGCUGGAAAGGUUUGCCAGGGGUGACUCUCCUCUCUUCCCCCACUCAGUCACCUGGUUUACCUCAGGCACAUUACUUCAUGGUCUUCCUUUCUAUUGGUCAGUCCUCACUAAGUGUCUGUCUGUCUGUCUGUCUGUCUGUCUGUCUGUCUGUCCUGUAUGCCUUCCCAGGCUGAGCUCCAGUCCUGCUGAAAGCUGCUUUAUAGUUAGCCCCUGACCACAGCGCUGUAGACCAUUAGAAUAUUAGAGGCUGCUGCUGCCUAUUGAAAUCACUGGCCACUUUAAGAAAUGGAACACUAGUCACUUUAAUAAUGUUUCCAUAUCUUGCACUACUCAUCUCAUAUGUAUAUACUGUAUUCUAUUCUAUAAUAUUCUACUGUAUCUUAGUCCAUGCCGCUCUGUCAUUGCUUGUCCAUAUAUGUAUAUUUUCCUAAAUUCCAUUCCUUACUAGUUUUGUGUGUAUUGGGUAUAUGUUGUGAAAUUGUUAGAUAUUACUGCACUGUCGGAGUUAGAAGCACAAGCAUUUCGCUACACCCGCUAUAACAUCUGCUAAACACGUGAAUGUGACAAAUACAAUCUGAUUUGAUUUGAAUACCACAUCAUAUGUGUCUAUUGACAGUUGUAAACCAAGCUUCAUGGGAUAACUUUACAGGACUCACCCUCUCUCUCUCUCUCUUCUGUCUGUCUGUCUGUAGGCUCAGAUCCACUCAACUCACCCUGUUUGUCUCGUGUGUGUGUGUGUGUGUGUCUCUAGGCUGAGCCAGAUGCGUGUGGGGCAUGAUGCUAAUGCUAAGCGCUACGAUCAGAUCCAGGAAGAACUCGAGGCAGCUCAGAACACCAUUCGCCGCCUCGAGGGUUCGUCCAAUGACGACGCAGAACAGUAUAAAUUCUUGCAAGAGAUGCGAGGGUAUGUUCGAGACUUGCUUGAGUGUUUCGGUGAAAAGGUAAGGGAGAAAUUCUCUGCCUCCGUUCUUCGUUUUUAUUUUGAUAUUUUUCUCUCGUGGGUUAAAAUACUUUUUGAAAUAAGAGCAUAACAAUUUGAUAUGUACUUUGACGUAAAAAUGAGUUUUAAGUUCAUUUCUGCUUUAAAAUUACAACCUAUGCCUUUUUUAGUUUAGAGCAAUUGUUUUUUGCAGUAUACUUCCAUUUGGUGGUCUCGAACUGAAUUGCUCUGAUACUCAUUAGUGCAUGUCUGUAUCAGAACUAUCAACCGCUCCAAUAUUUAUCAUCUACUGAAAUGUUUUAUUUCAUCUGACUGGUGUUAGUCCUACAGCAGGUGGUUCUAGGUGGCCUCCCAUCUUAACAUCUGACUGGUGUUAGUUCUACAGCAGGUGGUUCUAGGUGGCCUCCCAUCUGACUGGUGUUAGUUCUACAGCAGGUGGUUCUAGGUGGUCUACCAUCUGACUGGUGUUAGUCCUACAGCAGGUGGUUCUAGGUGGCCUCCCAUCUGACUGGUGUUAGUCCUACAGCAGGUGGUUCUAGGUGGCCUCCCAUCUGACUGGUGUUAGUUCUACAGCAGGUGGUUCUAGGUGGCCUCCCAUCUGACUGGUGUUAGUCCUACAGCAGGUGGUUCUAGGUGGCCUCCCAUCUUAACAUCUGACUGGUGUUAGUCCUACAGCAGGUGGUUCUAGGUGGCCUCCCAUCUGACUGGUGUUAGUCCUACAGCAGGUGGUUCUAGGUGGCCUCCCAUCUGACUGGUGUUAGUUCUACAGCAGGUGGUUCUAGGUGGUCUCCCAUCUUAACAUCUGACUGGUGUUAGUUCUACAGCAGGUGGUUCUAGGUGGCCUCCCAUCUGACUGGUGUUAGUUCUACAGCAGGUGGUUCUAGGUGGCCUCCCAUCUGACUGGUGUUAGUCCUACAGCAGGUGGUUCUAGGUGGCCUCCCAUCUGACUGGUGUUAGUCCUACAGCAGGUGGUUCUAGGUGGUCUACCAUCUGACUGGUGUUAGUUCUACAGCAGGUGGUUCUAGGUGGCCUCCCAUCUGACUGGUGUUAGUCCUACAGCAGGUGGUUCUAGGUGGCCUACCAUCUUAACAUCUGACUGGUGUUAGUCCUACAGCAGGUGGUUCUAGGUGGCCUCCCAUCUUAACAUCUGACUGGUGUUAGUUCUACAGCAGGUGGUUCUAGGUGGCCUCCCAUCUGACUGGUGUUAGUUCUACAGCAGGUGGUUCUAGGUGGCCUCCCAUCUGACUGGUGUUAGUUCUACAGCAGGUGGUUCUAGGUGGCCUCCCAUCUUAACAUCUGACUGGUGUUAGUCCUACAGCAGGUGGUUCUAGGUGGUCUACCAUCUUAACAUCUGACUGGUGUUAGUCCUACAGCAGGUGGUUCUAGGUGGUCUACCAUCUUAACAUCUGACUAGUGUUAGUCCUACAGCAGGUGGUUCUAGGUGGCCUCCCAUCUGACUGGUGUUAGUCCUACAGCAGGUGGUUCUAGGUGGCCUCCCAUCUGACUGGUGUUAGUCCUACAGCAGGUGGUUCUAGGUGGUCUACCAUCUUAACAUCUGACUGGUGUUAGUCCUACAGCAGGUGGUUCUAGGUGGCCUCCCAUCUGACUGGUGUUAGUCCUACAGCAGGUGGUUCUAGGUGGCCUCCCAUCUUAACAUCUGACUGGUGUUAGUUCUACAGCAGGUGGUUCUAGGUGGCCUCCCAUCUGACUGGUGUUAGUUCUACAGCAGGUGGUUCUAGGUGGUCUACCAUCUGACUGGUGUUAGUCCUACAGCAGGUGGUUCUAGGUGGCCUCCCAUCUGACUGGUGUUAGUUCUACAGCAGGUGGUUCUAGGUGGCCUCCCAUCUGACUGGUGUUAGUCCUACAGCAGGUGGUUCUAGGUGGCCUCCCAUCUUAACAUCUGACUGGUGUUAGUCCUACAGCAGGUGGUUCUAGGUGGCCUCCCAUCUGACUGGUGUUAGUCCUACAGCAGGUGGUUCUAGGUGGCCUCCCAUCUGACUGGUGUUAGUUCUACAGCAGGUGGUUCUAGGUGGCCUCCCAUCUGACUGGUGUUAGUCCUACAGCAGGUGGUUCUAGGUGGCCUCCCAUCUGACUGGUGUUAGUCCUACAGCAGGUGGUUCUAGGUGGUCUACCAUCUGACUGGUGUUAGUUCUACAGCAGGUGGUUCUAGGUGGCCUCCCAUCUGACUGGUGUUAGUCCUACAGCAGGUGGUUCUAGGUGGCCUACCAUCUUAACAUCUGACUGGUGUUAGUCCUACAGCAGGUGGUUCUAGGUGGCCUCCCAUCUUAACAUCUGACUGGUGUUAGUUCUACAGCAGGUGGUUCUAGGUGGCCUCCCAUCUGACUGGUGUUAGUUCUACAGCAGGUGGUUCUAGGUGGCCUCCCAUCUGACUGGUGUUAGUUCUACAGCAGGUGGUUCUAGGUGGCCUCCCAUCUUAACAUCUGACUGGUGUUAGUCCUACAGCAGGUGGUUCUAGGUGGUCUACCAUCUUAACAUCUGACUGGUGUUAGUCCUACAGCAGGUGGUUCUAGGUGGUCUACCAUCUUAACAUCUGACUAGUGUUAGUCCUACAGCAGGUGGUUCUAGGUGGCCUCCCAUCUGACUGGUGUUAGUCCUACAGCAGGUGGUUCUAGGUGGCCUCCCAUCUGACUGGUGUUAGUCCUACAGCAGGUGGUUCUAGGUGGCCUCCCAUCUGACUGGUGUUAGUUCUACAGCAGGUGGUUCUAGGUGGCCUCCCAUCUGACUGGUGUUAGUCCUACAGCAGGUGGUUCUAGGUGGUCUACCAUCUUAACAUCUGACUGGUGUUAGUUCUACAGCAGGUGGUUCUAGGUGGCCUCCCAUCUUAACAUCUGACUGGUGUUAGUCCUACAGCAGGUGGUUCUAGGUGGCCUCCCAUCUGACUGGUGUUAGUUCUACAGCAGGUGGUUCUAGGUGGCCUCCCAUCUGACUGGUGUUAGUUCUACAGCAGGUGGUUCUAGGUGGCCUCCCAUCUGACUGGUGUUAGUUCUACAGCAGGUGGUUCUAGGUGGCCUCCCAUCUGACUGGUGUUAGUUCUACAGCAGGUGGUUCUAGGUGGCCUCCCAUCUGACUGGUGUUAGUUCUACAGCAGGUGGUUCUAGGUGGUCUCCCAUCUUAACAUCUGACUGGUGUUAGUUCUACAGCAGGUGGUUCUAGGUGGCCUCCCAUCUGACUGGUGUUAGUCCUACAGCAGGUGGUUCUAGGUGGCCUCCCAUCUGACUGGUGUUAGUUCUACAGCAGGUGGUUCUAGGUGGCCUCCAUUCUGACUGGUGUUAGUUCUACAGCAGGUGGUUCUAGGUGGUCUACCAUCUGACUGGUGUUAGUCCUACAGCAGGUGGUUCUAGGUGGCCUCCCAUCUGACUGGUGUUAGUCCUACAGCAGGUGGUUCUAGGUGGUCUACCAUCUUAACAUCUGACUGGUGUUAGUUCUACAGCAGGUGGUUCUAGGUGGCCUCCCAUCUUAACAUCUGACUGGUGUUAGUCCUACAGCAGGUGGUUCUAGGUGGCCUCCCAUCUGACUGGUGUUAGUUCUACAGCAGGUGGUUCUAGGUGGCCUCCCAUCUGACUGGUGUUAGUCCUACAGCAGGUGGUUCUAGGUGGCCUCCCAUCUGACUGGUGUUAGUUCUACAGCAGGUGGUUCUAGGUGGCCUCCCAUCUGACUGGUGUUAGUCCUACAGCAGGUGGUUCUAGGUGGCCUCCCAUCUGACUGGUGUUAGUCCUACAGCAGGUGGUUCUAGGUGGCCUCCCAUCUUAACAUCUGACUGGUGUUAGUCCUACAGCAGGUGGUUCUAGGUGGCCUCCCAUCUGACUGGUGUUAGUCCUACAGCAGGUGGUUCUAGGUGGCCUCCCAUCUGACUGGUGUUAGUUCUACAGCAGGUGGUUCUAGGUGGCCUCCCAUCUGACUGGUGUUAGUCCUACAGCAGGUGGUUCUAGGUGGCCUCCCAUCUGACUGGUGUUAGUCCUACAGCAGGUGGUUCUAGGUGGCCUCCCAUCUUAACAUCUGACUGGUGUUAGUUCUACAGCAGGUGGUUCUAGGUGGCCUCCCAUCUGACUGGUGUUAGUUCUACAGCAGGUGGUUCUAGGUGGUCUCCCAUCUUAACAUCUGACUGGUGUUAGUUCUACAGCAGGUGGUUCUAGGUGGCCUCCCAUCUGACUGGUGUUAGUCCUACAGCAGGUGGUUCUAGGUGGCCUCCCAUCUGACUGGUGUUAGUUCUACAGCAGGUGGUUCUAGGUGGCCUCCCAUCUGACUGGUGUUAGUUCUACAGCAGGUGGUUCUAGGUGGUCUACCAUCUGACUGGUGUUAGUCCUACAGCAGGUGGUUCUAGGUGGCCUCCCAUCUGACUGGUGUUAGUCCUACAGCAGGUGGUUCUAGGUGGUCUACCAUCUUAACAUCUGACUGGUGUUAGUCCUACAGCAGGUGGUUCUAGGUGGCCUCCCAUCUUAACAUCUGACUGGUGUUAGUCCUACAGCAGGUGGUUCUAGGUGGCCUCCCAUCUGACUGGUGUUAGUUCUACAGCAGGUGGUUCUAGGUGGCCUCCCAUCUGACUGGUGUUAGUCCUACAGCAGGUGGUUCUAGGUGGCCUCCCAUCUGACUGGUGUUAGUCCUACAGCAGGUGGUUCUAGGUGGCCUCCCAUCUUAACAUCUGACUGGUGUUAGUCCUACAGCAGGUGGUUCUAGGUGGCCUCCCAUCUGACUGGUGUUAGUCCUACAGCAGGUGGUUCUAGGUGGCCUCCCAUCUGACUGGUGUUAGUCCUACAGCAGGUGGUUCUAGGUGGCCUCCCAUCUGACUGGUGUUAGUCCUACAGCAGGUGGUUCUAGGUGGCCUCCCAUCUUAACAUCUGACUGGUGUUAGUCCUACAGCAGGUGGUUCUAGGUGGCCUCCCAUCUGACUGGUGUUAGUCCUACAGCAGGUGGUUCUAGGUGGCCUCCCAUCUUAACAUCUGACUGGUGUUAGUUCUACAGCAGGUGGUUCUAGGUGGCCUCCCAUCUGACUGGUGUUAGUUCUACAGCAGGUGGUUCUAGGUGGCCUCCCAUCUGACUGGUGUUAGUUCUACAGCAGGUGGUUCUAGGUGGCCUCCCAUCUUAACAUCUGACUGGUGUUAGUCCUACAGCAGGUGGUUCUAGGUGGCCUCCCAUCUGACUGGUGUUAGUUCUACAGCAGGUGGUUCUAGGUGGCCUCCCAUCUUAACAUCUGACUGGUGUUAGUUCUACAGCAGGUGGUUCUAGGUGGCCUCCCAUCUGACUGGUGUUAGUCCUACAGCAGGUGGUUCUAGGUGGCCUCCCAUCUUAACAUCUGACUGGUGUUAGUCCUACAGCAGGUGGUUCUAGGUGGCCUCCCAUCUGACUGGUGUUAGUUCUACAGCAGGUGGUUCUAGGUGGCCUCCCAUCUUAACAUCUGACUGGUGUUAGUCCUACAGCAGGUGGUUCUAGGUGGCCUCCCAUCUUAACAUCUGACUGGUGUUAGUUCUACAGCAGGUGGUUCUAGGUGGCCUCCCAUCUGACUGGUGUUAGUUCUACAGCAGGUGGUUCUAGGUGGUCUCCCAUCUUAACAUCUGACUGGUGUUAGUUCUACAGCAGGUGGUUCUAGGUGGCCUCCCAUCUGACUGGUGUUAGUUCUACAGCAGGUGGUUCUAGGUGGGCCUCCCAUCUGACUGGUGUUAGUUCUACAGCAGGUGGUUCUAGGUGGUCUCCCAUCUUAACAUCUGACUGGUGUUAGUUCUACAGCAGGUGGUUCUAGGUGGCCUCCCAUCUGACUGGUGUUAGUCCUACAGCAGGUGGUUCUAGGUGGCCUCCCAUCUGACUGGUGUUAGUCCUACAGCAGGUGGUUCUAGGUGGCCUCCCAUCUGACUGGUGUUAGUCCUACAGCAGGUGGUUCUAGGUGGUCUCCCAUCUGACUGGUGUUAGUCCUACAGCAGGUGGUUCUAGGUGGUCUCCCAUCUGACUGGUGUUAGUUCUACAGCAGGUGGUUCUAGGUGGCCUCCCAUCUGACUGGUGUUAGUCCUACAGCAGGUGGUUCUAGGUGGUCUCCCAUCUGACUGGUGUUAGUCCUACAGCAGGUGGUUCUAGGUGGUCUCCCAUCUGACUGGUGUUAGUUCUACAGCAGGUGGUUCUAGGUGGCCUCCCAUCUGACUGGUGUUAGUCCUACAGCAGGUGGUUCUAGGUGGCCUCCCAUCUUAACAUCUGACUGGUGUUAGUCCUACAGCAGGUGGUUCUAGGUGGCCUCCCAUCUGACUGGUGUUAGUCCUACAGCAGGUGGUUCUAGGUGGCCUCCCAUCUUAACAUCUGACUGGUGUUAGUCCUACAGCAGGUGGUUCUAGGUGGCCUCCCCAUCUUAACAUCUGAACUGGUGUUAGUUCUACAGCAGGUGGUUCUAGGUGGCCCUCCCAUCUGACUGGUGUUAGUCCUACAGCAGGUGGUUCUAGGUGGCCUCCCAUCUGACUGGUGUUAGUCUACAGCAGGUGGUUCUAGGUGGCCUCCCAUCUGACUGGUGUUAGUCCACAGCAGGUGGUUCUAGGUGGCCUCCCAUCUUAACAUCUGACUGGUGUUAGUUCUACAGCAGGUGGGUUCUAGGUGGCCUCCCAUCUGACUGGUGUUAGUCCUACAGCAGUGUUCUAGGUGGCCCUCCCAUCUGACUGGUGUUAGUUCUACAGCAGGUGGUUCUAGUGGCCUCCCAUCUGCUGGUGUUAGUCCUACAGCAGGUGGUUUCUAGGUGGCCUCCCAUCUGACUGGUGUUAGUUCUACAGCAGGUGGUUCUAGGUGGCCUCCCAUCUGACUGGUGUUAGUCCUACAGCAGGUGGUUCUAGGUGGUCUACCAUCUUAACAUCUGACUGCUGUUAGUCCUACAGCAGGUGGUUCUAGGUGGCCUCCCAUCUUAACAUCUGACUGGUGUUAGUCCUACAGCAGGUGGUUCUAGGUGGCCUCCCAUCUGACUGGUGUUAGUCCUACAGCAGGUGGUUCUAGGUGGUCUCCAGAGAGGGGAGGAGAAGGACCCUAGUCUCUAUGCACCUGUUAGCUGAACUGACUAUCAGCCUCUCUCUUUAACACUCACUUCCUCCUUCAGCUCUCCUUAGAGGAAUGAUGCAUGAUGGUUAAUGGAGUCUCUUUGGUGUGGGGGCUGAGAACAUUGUGAAAAAGCUCACUGACUGCACAGUUCAAACUAAAAGCUCUGGCUUGUUAGUAAAGGAAAGCUGAAAUAGCGCUGAUGUUGGUCCAUGUUUAUAGAUGUAGAAUGAACACAGAGUAACACCUUGAUUGAAAAUAACUACAAUAUUUAACUUUGACUGAUAUUCCUGUCUAUAUUCAACCUCACAACACAAUUGGACGUAUCACCUGUCAGUCAAGCGUCUCUCUGGCCCUUGCACCAAUGAGGUCUCCCGGUGGCCGGUCAGCCUGAGCAGGGCUUUGUUCUGUGUCGAGGUCAGAGGUGACAUGUGGGCGUGUAUGUUUCAGGUUCCCAGCGUGGUGGAGCUGGAGGGCGCCAUGCACCAGUUACUAAGGCAACGGGCCUGUCGGCUGGUCCAGCGGCGCCAGGAUGAUAUUAAAGAUGAAUCGGCGGAGUUUGCAAGCCUUUCAAGUCAGUCCAUCUUGAAGGUUUUUAUUCUUUACUCGAACGGCAUCGUUGGUUCUCUGUGUGUGUGUGUGUGUGUGUGUGGUGGUGUGUACGUGUGAAGCAGCUCCCCCCCCCCCCCCCCCAACUCUUAUUUUCCUUAAGUGUUAACCCCCACUCCCCAAAACCCUUCUCAUCUCUCCCUGUCUUACCCAAACCCUUCUCAUCUCUCCCUGUCUUACCCAAACCCUUCUCAUCUCUCCCUGUCUUACCCAAACCCUUCUCAUCUCUCCCUGUCUUACCCAAACCCUUCUCACCUCUCCCUGUCUUACCCAAACCCUUCUCAUCUCUCCCUGUCUUACCCAAACCCUUCUCAUCUCUCCCUGUCUUACCCAAACCCUUCUCAUCUCUCCCUGUCUUACCCAAACCCUUCUCAUCUCUCCCUGUCUGUGAGUGGUGCGAGCCUUGUUGUCAAGUGAGCUUGGUGAGAGAGAGAGAGAGAGAGAGAGAGGUGAUCUUGAGUCCUGACUGCACAGUGAUGUGUAAAGGGACGAGGCUGUUUCAGCUUUGCUCCAUCUGUUGUGGCUGAGAUGACUGUGACAGACCGAACCACAGACGGUCUGUCUGUAGUUGUCUGUAGACCUGUAGUCCAUUUGAAUCACUGACUAAAACGCCAUAAAAUCAGUGACCAAAAGCUAUGACCGUGACGUCAGUGAGUCACUGACACAGACAGGUCCUAAAGUGAAUGCUAGUUGAUAUGAUGCUGCUGACCACAGACAGGUAAGUGUUAAGUGGAUUCAGUGAUAAUCCAAGCAGAACAUCAAUGCAUUACGACUGUAGACCAGGACAGUUAAUCAAACGGAUAAUGUUUCUGUGCUGUGAAUAGGUUUAGAUUAAUCAGUUCGGCUGAUAGUUAUUGACACGUCUAAUAUUCAUAAAUAGUUCAAUAAAUAAAGCACUUUUUUUCUGAUCCUGGUGUCAAAUGCAGAAAUGCCUUUUUCAUGAAAAAGUUAUUUACAAAUGUGUUGCAUAUUAUUUAGUCAGUAUAAAUGGUAUGUAGGCUAGUUUAGGCAGGUGUAGUCUAGAUUAAGCAUGUUGGAGUCUAGAUUAAGCCAGGUGGAGUUGAGGUGAGGGCUCUCUGUCCCGUCCUCAGGUCUCUAACCUUUGACCUGUCUCUUCCAGGUAAGGCUGUGAUGGCUCCUAACCUCAUGUCUCCUGACUCGUUUGGGAGAGACAGGACCGUCUAUCAGGAGCACGCCAGACAGCGGAGGAUCGCUGAACGGGAAGCCCGACGGUACGAUGCUACGCUAACACACUCACAGCUUUUUAAAAUAUUCCUAUUCAGUCAGUAUAAAUGUUGUGCAGGCUAGGUGUUGUUGAGGUGAGGGCUGUCUAUCAGCAGAACGCUUAGACGAAUGAGGAUCGCAGAGCGGGAGGCACUAGCUGGAGAUACAAGACCUCAGCGCAAAGAUCUGAAGCCUUCAACUCACUCAUAGUUUUAAAGUGAUAUUUCACUUUUUUUCAAACUUUGUCAGAUGUUUUUACCUUUUCAAGGUACAUGACAACAGGACACUCCCAAGGUAUGAAAACAUCUGAAAUAUCUCUUUAAAUAGAGCUAUGCUGUCCCCUAGUGUUAAAUUGUAGUUAUCACAUGUUGAAUGUACUCAUGAGAUCAAACAUGCUCUGAAUGCAGCCCCAUACCAUAGUCUUGUCCCCUUGGGGCGCGUCUCAAUACUCUAAAGCUGCACCCUCUCCCGGUAGGCAUCAAUCACUGAAGGAGAGGAGGACACAACAUUAUUGAGAUGCACCCUUCUUGUUAGCAGUUCUGAAUGACCCAAAUGGGUUUUUAUCGACGAAAACAAUGUCUUGUGUGAUUGGCUAACAUUGUUUGUGGGGCGGGCCUAGAACGCGGCGGCGGCAGGCACGGGAGCAGAACGGGAAGAGGGCGGAGCAUAGCGAGGGGCUGUCCUCCGACGAUGAGGAGACUUCCACUGACCUCACAUCAUACUGCCUGGAGAGAGGUACCUUCACACCCUUCUCCCUCCAUCAGCACAUACCUUCAGACCCUUCUCCCUCCAUCAGCACAUACCUUCAGACCCUUCUCCCUCCAUCAGCACAUACCUUCACACCCUUCUCCCUCCAUCAGCACAUACCUUCACACCCUUCUCCCUCCAUCAGCACAUACCUUCAGACCCUUCUCUCUCCAUCAGCACAUACCUUCAGACCCUUCUCCCUCCAUCAGCACAUACCUUCAGACCCUUCUCUCUCAUCUCCUUCACUAUGUUUCAGUUGGAUAUUCUGUACAUUUACCUUCUCUCAUUUUCUUUCCACAUCCCUUCAGAUCCUAAAGCUUUCUUCUUCUUUAUCUCUACUGUGUAGUAGUAGUAGUAGUAGUAGUGGUAGUAGUAGUAGUGGUAGUGGUGGUAGUGGUAGUGGUAGUAGUGUUUGAUCUGGGGUUGGUAUCAUCUUUACAUUUACGUCAUUUAGCAGAUGCUCAUAUCCAGAGCGACUUACAAAUUGGUGCAUUCACCUUGUGAUGGGACAACCACUUUACAAUAUUUUUUUAUUUUGGGGGUGGUAGAAGGAUUACUUUAUCCUAUCCCAGGUAUUCCUUAAAGAGGUGGGGUUUCAAAUGUCUCCGGAAGGUGGUGAGUGACUCCGCUGUCCUGGCGUCGUGAGGGAGCUUGUUCCACCAUUGGGGUGCCAGAGCAGCGAACAGUUUUGACUGGGCUGAGCGGGAACUGUGCUUCCGCAGAGGUAGGGGGGCCAGCAGGCCAGAGGUGGAUGAACGCAGUGCCCUCGUUUGGGUGUAGGGACUGAUCAGAGCCUGAAGGUACGGAGGUGCCGUUCCCCUCACAGCUCCGUAGGCAAACACCAUGGUCUUGUAGCAGAUGCGAGCUUCAACUGGAAACCAGUGGAGUGUGCGGAGGAGCGGGGUGACGUGAGAGAACUUGGGAAGGUUGAACACUAGACGGGCUGCGGCAUUCUGGAUGAGUUGUAGGGGUUUAAUGGCACAGGCAGGGAGCCCAGCCAACAGCGAGUUGCAGUAAUCCAGACGGGAGAUGACCAGUGCCUGGAUUAGGACCUGUGCCGCUUCCUGUGUAAGGCAGGGUCGUACUCUCCGAAUGUUGUAGAGCAUGAACCUACAGGAUCGGGUCACCGCCUUGAUGUUAGCGGAGAACGACAGGGUGUUGCCCAGGGUCACGCCAAGGCUCUUCGCACUCUGGGAGGAGGACACAACGGAGUUAUCAACCGUGAUGGCGAGAUCAUGGAACGGGCAGUCCUUCCCCAGGAGGAAGAGCAGCUCCGUCUUGCCGAGGUUCAGCUUGAGGUGGUGAUCCGACAUCCACACUGAUAUGUCUGCCAGACAUGCAGAGAUGCGAUUCGCCACCUGGUUAUCAGAAGGGGGAAAGGAGAAGAUUAGUUGUGUGUUGUCUGCGUAGCAAUGAUAGGAGAGGCCAUGUGAGGAUAUGACAGAGCCAAGUGACUUGGUGUAUAGCGAGAAUAGGAGAGGGCCUAGAACUGAGCCCUGGGGGACACCAGUGGUGAGAGCACGUGGUGCGGAGACAGCUUCUCGCCACGCCACUUGGUAGGAGCGACCUGUCAGGUAGGACGCAAUCCAGGAGUGAGCCGCGCCGGAGAUGCCCAGCUCGGAGAGGGUGGAGAGGAGGAUCUGAUGGUUCACAGUAUCAAAGGCAGCAGACAGGUCUAGAAGGACAAGAGCAGAGGAGAGAGAGUUAGCUUUAGCAGUGCGGAGAGCCUCCGUGACACAGAGAAGAGCAGUCUCAGUUGAAUGACCAGUCCUGAAACCUGACUGGUUUGGAUCAAGAAGGUCAUUCUGAGAGAGAUAGCAAGAGAGUUGGCUAGAGACGGCACGCUCAAGAGUUUUGGAGAGAACUCUAGACUGUGUAGUAAUAAUAGUAGUAGUAGUGUUUGAUCUGGGGUUGGUAUCUUCUCUAGACUGUGUAGUAGUAGUAGUAGUAGUAGUAGUAGUAGUGUUUGAUCUGGGGUUAGGUAUUGAGUUGUCCUCUUGGCCAGGUCUCCCUUGUAAAAGAUGUCUUCUGAACUCAAUGGGACUUCCUGGAUAAGUAAAGGUUAAAUACAAUAGUGUGAUUAUAUAUUUAUCUGGUUUAUUUCCAGAUCGUAUAGUGUGAUUAUAUUGAUCUUGUUUAUUUCCAGAUCGUAUAGUGUGAUUAUAUUUUCUCUUGUUUUAUUCCAGAUCGUAUAGUGCGUGAGUGUAAGAAGGUGUUUGAGGAUGUGUUGGAGGACUUCCAUUCUCUGGACUGUAUCAAGAGUCGUUUUGAGGUGUGGAGACGUCUCUACUUCACCUGCUACAGAGACGCUUACAUAGGACUGUGUCUGCCAAAAUUAUUCAACCCCCUAGUACGACUACAGCUCAUCACGUGGAACCCUCUACAGGUACGUGAUACGGUCCGUGUGUGUGUGUGUGUGUGUGUGUGUGUAGACGGCCUAUACUGGCCACAAUUUUUAAUUUGACUCACUAAGUAAACUAAACAAAUCUCUCUUCUCUCCCUCUCUCUCUCUAGGAGAAGUGUGCGAACUUUGAGUACAUGUUGUGGUUUGAGUCGUUGUUGUUUUAUGGCUGUGAGGAGCAGAGUGGGAUGCAGAGAGGAGACGUGGAUAUCAACCUGCUGCCUGCUAUAGUGGAGAGAGUUCUACUGCCCAAACUAGCAGGUAACACAUCAACCUGCUGACAGACUAGCAGGUAACACGUCAACCUGCUGCCAGACUAGACUAGCAGGUAACACAUCAACCUGCUGCCAGACUAGCAGGUAACACAUCAACCUGCUGCCAGACUAGCAGGUAACACAUCAACCUGCUGCCAGACUAGACUAGCAGGUAACACAUCAACCUGCUGCCAGACUAGACUAGCAGGUAACACAUCAACCUGCUGCCAGACUAGACUAGCAGGUAACACAUCAACCUGCUGCCAGACUAGACUAGCAGGUAACACAUCAACCUGCUGCCAGACUAGACUAGCAGGUAAUUCACAUAAACCUGCUGCCAGACUAGACUAGCAGGUGGUUAAAACAUCAACCUGCUGCCGACAGCAGGGAACACAUCAACCUGCUGCCAGACUAGAUAGCAGGUGGGGUAACCACAUCAACUGGACGGCCAGGACUAGCAGGUAACACAUCACCAUGCUGCCGGACUAGACUAGGCAGGUAACACAUCAACCUGUGCCAGACUAGAACUAGGCAGUAACACAUUCAACUGCUGCCCGAUAGCAGGUAAACAUCAACCUGCUGCCAGACUUAGACUAGCAGGUAACAUCAACCUGCUGCCAGACUAGCAGGUAACACAUCAACCUGCUGACAGACUAGACUAGCAGGUAACACAUCAACCUGCUGCCAGACUAGCAGGUAACACAUCAACCUGCUGCCAGACUAGCAGGUAACACAUCAACCUGCUGCCAGACUAGACUAGCAGGUAACACAUCAACCUGCUGCCAGACUAGCAGGUAAAAACAUCACCUGACUGCCAGAUAGCAGGUAACACAUCACUGCUGCCCGACUAGAGGUAUUUUAACACAUAACCUGCCUGCCAGACUAGACUAGCAGGUUACACACAUCAAACAUGCUUGCCAGACAGACGAGGCAGUAACACAUCACCGAGGCCAGACUAGAUAGCAGGUAAACACAUCAACCUGCUGCCAGACUAGACUAGCAGGGUUAACACAUCAACCGGCUGCAAUUAGACUAGCAGGGUAACCAAUCAACCUGCUGCCAGGAAUAGAAUAGCAGGGUAAGGUAACACAUCAACCUGAACUGCCAGACUAGACUUAGCACGGGUAAACAUCAACAUGCUGCCAGAACUAGACUAGCAGGUAACACAUUCAAACCUGAGCCAGACUAGACUAAGCAGGUGUAACACAUCAACCUGCUGCCAGACUAGACUAGCAGGUAACACAUCAACCUGCUGCCAGACUAGACUAGCAGGUAACACAUUCAACCUGCUGCCGAUAGGACUAGCAGGUUGGUAACACAUUCAACCUGCUUGCCAGCUAGACUAGCAGGUGGUACACAUCAACCUGCUGCCAGACUAGAAUGUAACACAUCAACCUGCUGCCACGACUAGCAGGUAGGGUAACACAUCAAACAUGCUGCCAGAAUAGCAUGUAAGGUACACAUCAACCUGCUGACGACUAGACUAGCAAGGGUAAACACAUCAAAAUGCUGCCAGACUUAGACUAGCAGGUAACACAUCAACCUGCUGCCGAAAAGGACUAGCAGGUAAACAACAUCCAACCUGCUGCCAGACUAGACGAGCAGGGUAGGUAACACAUCAACCUGCGCCCAGAUAGACUAGCAGGUGGUAAAACAAAUCAACCUGCUGCCAGACUAGACUAGAGGUUAGGUAACAACCAUCAACCUGCGGCCAGAAUGACUAGCAGGUAAAACAUCAACAUGCUGCCAGACGAGCAGGUAACACUCAACCUGCGCCAGACUAGCAGGUGGUAACACACAACCUGCUGCCAGACAGGCAGGGUAACACCUCAACCUGCUGGCCAGACUAGCAGGGUAAACAUCAACCUGGUGCCAGACUCAGCAGGUAACAAUCAACCUGCUGCCAGACUAGAUACAGGUAAAACAUCAACAUGAUGCAAGACAGCAGCGGUACACAUCAACAUGGUGCCAGACUAGGACUAGCAGGUGGUAACCACAUCACCUGCUGCAAACUAGACUAGCAGGGAAACACUCAACUGCCGCCAGACUGAGACUAGCAGGAACACAUCACCUGCUGCCAACCAGACUUAGCAGGGUACACCAUCCAACCUGCUGCCAAGACUAGCAGGUAACACAUCAACCUGCUGACAGACUAGAACAGCAGGGAACACAUUCAAACCUGCUUGCCAGACUAGACUAGCAGGGUAAACACAUCAACAUGCUGCCAGAGAAUAGACAGCAGGUACACAUCAACCUGCGGCCCAGCCUAGACUAGCAGGAACACAUCACCUGCUGCCAGAUCUAGACUAGCAGGUAACACAUCAAAACUGCUGCCAGCCUAAGCAGGGGAACACAUCAAACUGCGCCCAGAAAGCAGGUAGGUAAAACAUCAACCUGCUGCCAGACUAGCAGGUUAAACAUCAACCUGCUGCCCGACUAGACUAGCAGGUAACACAUCAACAUGCUGCCAGACUAGCAGGUAACAAAUCAAACUGAUGCCAGACUAGCAGGUCAACCACAUCAACUGCUGCCAGACUAGCAGGUAACACAUCAACACUGUGCAGACUAGACUAGCAGGAACACAUCAACUGGUGCAAGCAUUUAGCAGGUGGUAAAACAUCACCUGCUUGCCAGACUUAGACUAGCAGGUUAACACAUCAACCUUGCUCCAGACUACUAGACUAGCAGGUGGUAAACACAUCAACCUGUGCCAGAUAGCAUUGUUGGUGUAUUAUACAUCAUGUCAACCUGCUGCCAGACUAGAAUAGCAGGAACCAUAACCUCGCCAGACUAGACUAGCGGUAACACAUCAACUUGCUGCCAGACAGACUAGCAGGUAAACAUCAAACUGAUGCCAGACUAGACUAGGCAGGUUAACACAUCAACUGUCGCAGACUAGCAGGUAACACAUAACCUGCUGCCAACUAGACUAGAAAGGGUAACAAUUAAACUGCCUGCACAGACUAGACUAGGCAAGUGGUACACUCACCUGCUGCCAGACUAGACAGGCGGGGUUAACACAGCAACCGGCCUGCCAGACUAGACUAGCAGGUAAACACAUCAACAUGCGGGGGGGGGAUGCCAGAUAGCAUGGUGGUAACACAUCAACCGCUGCCAGACUAGAGGUAACACAUCAACCUGACUGCCAGACUAGAUAGCCAGGGUCAACACAUCAACCUGCUUGCCAGACUAGCAGGUAACACAUCAACCUGCUGACGACUAGGACAGCAGGUAACACAUCCACUGCUGCCAGACUAGACUAGCAGGUAACACAUCAACUGCGCCAGGACGAGAGGGGGUAAAACAUCAACCUGCUGCCAGACUAGACUAGAGGACAUCAUCAACCUGUGCCAGACUAGAGGGGUAACAUCAACAUGCUGCAGACUAGACUAGCAGGUAACACAUCAAUCUGCUGCCAGAUUAGACUAGCAGGAACACAUCAACUGCUGCAGACUAGAAGGGAACACAUCAAACCUGCUGAAAGACUAGACUAGCAGGUAGGUGGGUAACACAUCAACCUGCUGCCAGGACUAGCAGGUAAACUCAACCUGCUGCAUAAUAGACUAGCAGGCGGUAACACAUCAACCUGCUUGCCAGACUAGCAGGAAACACACAACAUGCUGCCAGAUAGACUAGCAGGGUAAACAUAACCUGCUGCCAGACUAGCAGGUUAACACAUCAACCUGCUGCAAGACUAGACUAGCAGGGUAACACAUCAAACUCUGCCAGGACUAGACUAGCAGUGUAACACAUCAACCUGCCUUGCCAGACUAGCAGGGGUACACAUCAACCUGCUCAGACUAUUUAGACUAGCAGGCUAAAACAUCAACCGCUGCCAGACUAGCUAGCAGGGUAAGGUUAACACAUCAAACCUGCUUGCCAGACUAGACAUAGCAGGUAAAACACAUAACUGCGCAGACUAGACUAGCAGGUAACACUCAACCUGCUGCCAGACUAGACUAGCAGGUAACACAUCAACUGCUGCAAGAACUAGCAGGUAACAUCACCUGCUGACAGACUAGCAGGUAAAACAUCAACAUGCUGCCAGGGACUAGACGAGAAGGGGUAACACAUAAACCUGCUGCCAGACUAGACUAGCAGGGUAACACAUCAACCCUGCUGCCAAAUACGAGCAGAGGGUAACACAUCAACCUGCGCCAGACUAGCAGGAUAAACACCAUCAAACCUGCGGCCAGAAUAGACCGCAGGCGCGGUAACACACAACCUGCUGCCAGACUAGCAGGUAACACAUUCAACCUGCUGACAGACUAGACUAGCAGAACACAGCAACCUGCUGACAGACUAGCAGGUAACCCAUCAACCUGCGGCCAGGACUAGACUAGCAGGGUUAACACAUCAACCUGCUGACAGAUAAGCAGGUAACACAUCAACAUGCUGCCAGACUAGACUAGCAGGUAAACACAUAAACCUGAAUGCCAGAUAGACUAGCAGGGGUGGUAACCAUCAACCUGAUGCAGACUAGAAGGUAGACACACACAUCAACCUGCUUGCCAGCUAGAUAGCAGUGGUAACACAAUCAACCUCCCCCCUGACCAGACCUAGACUUAGAGGUAGGUGGUAACACAUCACCUGCUUGCCCCAGACUGCAGGUUAACACAUUCAACCUGCUGCCAGGAAUAGCAGGUAACACAUCAACCUGCUGCCAGACUAGACUAGCAUGGUAACAAAUCACCUGCUUUGCCAGACUAGACUAGCAGGUAACACAUCAAACCUGCUGCCAGACUAGCAGUUGCGUUUGGGUUAACACAUCAAACCUGACUGCGAAUAGCAGGUAACACAUCAACCUGAUGCCGACCUAGACUAGCAGGUAACACAUUCAACCUGCUGCCAGAAUAGCAGGUGGUGGUAACACAAUCAACUGAUGCCAGGCCUAGACUAGCAGGUAACACAUCAAAUGCUGCCAGAUCGCAGGUAACACCAACCCGCUGCCAACUAGACUAGCAGGUACACAUCAACCUGCGAAAGACUAGCAGGUAACAAAUAAUAGUGUGGACUCAUAAAAUAGGAGAGAAAGCUCCAUUGAUGAUGCUUUUAGGUCUGGGAAACCCCCUUGACAGCAGAAAAUACGUUUUCUAAACUCUCUCUAGGGGGGAGGAAAAGAAAGAGAGAGAGAGAGAGAAAAAGAGAGGAGAGAGGAGAAAAAGACAGAGAGAGAGAGAUCCCUCCUCUAUCUGUCUCUCUACUCUGUCUCUCACCCUCUCUCUGUCUAUUUCUCUCUAUGUCUCUCUAUCUGUAUCCCUCUAUGUCUCUCUCUCUGUCUCCAUAUGACUAUAGUCUAUUCUACCUAUCUCCCUCUAUCUGUCUCUAUGUCUCUCCCUCCCUCUCUAUCUCUCUCUCUCUCUCUCUCUCUCUCUCUCUCUCUAUAUCUCUCUAUCGAUCGCUAUUGUCUUGUCUCUGUCUCUCUCUCACUCUCUCUGUCUCUGUCUCUGUCCUCCCUCUUCUCUGUUCUCUCUAAAGAGGGAGAGGAGAGAAAGAAAGAAAGAGAUAGAAGAGAGAGAGAGAGAAAGGAAAGAUCUCUCGCUCAUCUAUGUAUAGACAUAUCUCUAUGUCUCUACCUCCCUUUCAUUCUCUCUCUUCUCCAUGGCCAGCUGAGCAGGUGUGGGAUCCUCUGUCCAAUAGUCAGACAACAAGACUAGUGAGCUUUCUGACCAGACUCCUCAGAGGAUACCCUACUGUCCUUAAUGGAGAGAACAGGAACACACAGGUUAGUACCCUAGUCCUUAAGGGAGAGAAAACCAGCAACACACAGGGUAGUAACCUACUGUCAUUAAUGGAGAGAACAGGAACACACAGGUUAGUACCCUACUGUCCUUAAUGGAGAGAACAGGAACACACAGUUAGUACCCUACUGUCCUUAAUGGAGAGAACAGGAACACACAGGUUAGUACCCUACUGUCCUUAAUGGAGAGAACAGGAACACACGGGUUAGUACCCUACUGUCCUUAAUGGAGAGAACAGGAACACACAGGUUAGUACCCUACUGUCCUUAAUGGAGAGAACAGGAAACUUUGUACCCAACAUUCCCUCUCCCUCAUCCCUCACCCGUCCCUCCCUCUCACCCCUCUCUCACCCCUCCCUCUGACCUCUCUCACCCCUCCCUCUCACCCCUCCCUCUGACCUCUCUCACCCCCUCUCUCACCACCCUCCCUCUGACCUCUCUCAACCCCUCCCUCUCACCCCUCUCUCACCCCUCCUCUCACCCCUCUCUCACCCCUCCCUCUGACCUCUCUCACUCCUCACCUCCUCACCCCUCCCUCUGACCUCUCUCACCCCUCCCUCUCCCCCCUAUCUACCCCUCUCUCACCCCUCCUCUCACCCCCUCUCACCCCUCCCUCUAACCUCUCUCACCCUCUACCCCUCUCUCUGAACCUCUCUCUACCCCUCCCUCUCACCCCUCGCUCACCCCUCCCUCUGACCUCUCUCACCCCUCCCUCUGACCUCUCUCACCUCCUCCUCUCACCCCUCCCUCUGACCUCUCUCACCUCCAUACCCUCUCACCCCUCCCUCCACCCUCCUACCCGUCCUCCCUCUUACCUCUCUACACCCCUCCCUCUCACCCCUCCCUCACCGUCCCCCUCUGACCUCUCUCACACCCUCUCUCAACCCCUCCCUCUCACCCCUCUUCAACCCUCCCUCCCUCUCACCCCUCUCUCACCCCUCCCUCUCACCCCUCCCUCCCUCUCACCCCCUCCCUCUCACCCCUCCCCUCUCACCCUCCCUCUCACCCCCUCCUCUGGACCUCUCACCCCUCCUCCCUCUCACCCCUCCCUCUCACCCCUCCCUCUCACCCCUCCCUCUGACCUCUCACCCCUCCCUCCCUCCUCACCCCUCCCCUCUCACCCCCUCCCUCCCUCUCACCCCUCCCGCUGACCUCUCUCACCCCUCCCUCUCACCCCUCCCGCUGACCUCUCUCACCCCUCCCUCUCACCCCUCCCUCACCCGUCCCUCCCUCUGACCUCUCACCCCUCCCUCUCUCUCUCACCCCCUCCCGCUGACCUCUCUCACCCCUCCCUCUGACCUCUCUCACCCCUCCCGCUGACCUCUCUCACUCCUCCCUCUUAUCUCUCUGGCUCUCUCCCUCCUUCAGGAGUUUCUGAAGACCAUCGUAUUGAGGACUAGAAGGACUCUGGAUGAUGACGUGUUCUUACCUCUUUACCCCAAGAAGUGAGUCACAAACACAAUUCUCUACUUGUCCCCUAAUCCAGGGUUUCCCAAACUCGUUCCUGCCCCCCCCGGGUGCACAUACAUUUUAUUUUUUUCUCCCCCGAACCCUACACAGCUGAUUCAAAUAACAAACUCACCAUCAAGUUUGGGAAACCCUGGCCUAACCCAUUCCUUCUAGUUGAAAUGCCCCUAUGACAUGGUGAUGACACAGUGAAAAAGAGAAAUACACACUAUUCAAUGUCUGAGAAACCAUUAGAUUGGUUAGAGGAAGUAUCUCUGUUUUGUUGUCUUCCAGUGUGUUGGAGAAUAAGAACAGUGGUCCCUACCUCUUCUUCCAGAGACAGUUCUGGUCCUGUGUCAAGGUAAGGGGAAGGGACUGACUGGGUAAGGGGAAGGGACUGACUGGGUAAGGGGAAGGGACUGACUGGGUAAGGGGAAGGGGACUGACUGGGUAAGGGGAAGGGACUGACUGGGUAAGGGAAGGGACUGACUGGGUAAGGGAAGGGACUGACUAGGGGACUGACUGGAUGUAAGGGAAGGGACUGACUAGGGACGACUGGGUAAGGGGUAUGGGACUGACUGGGUAAGGGGGGAAGGGGACUGACUGGGGAAGGGGAAGGGACUGACUGGGGACUGACUGGGUGAGGGACUGACUGGGGUAAGGGGAAAGGGACUGACUGGGGAAGGGGAUAGGGAAUGACUGGGUGAGGGACUGACUGGGGUAAUGGAAAGGGACUGACUGGGGAAGGGGAAGGGACUGACUGGGUAAAGGGAAGGGACUGACUGUGUAAGGGGAAGGGACUGACUGGGUAAGGGGAAGGGACUGACUGGGUAAGGGGAAGGGACUGACUGGGUAAGGGAAAGGGACUGACUGGGUAAGGGGAAGGGACUGACUGGGUAAGGGGAAGGGACUGACUGGGUAAGGGAAAGGGACUGACUGGGUGAGGGACUGACUGGGUAAGGGAAAGGGACUGACUGGGGAAGGGGAAGGGACUGACUGGGGACUGACUGGGUGAGGGACUGACUGGGUAAGGGAAAGGGACUGACUGGGUAAGGGGAAGGGACUGACUGGGUAAGGGGAAGGGACUGACUGGGGAAGGGGAAGGGACUGACUGGGUAAGGGGAAGGGACUGACUGGGUAAGGGGAAGGGACUGACUGGGUAAGGGAAAAGGGGACUGACUGGGUAAGGGGAAGGGAAGGGACUGACUGGGUAAGGGAAAAGGGACUGACUGGGUAAGGGGAAGGGACUGACUGGGUAAAGGGAAGGGACUGACUGGGUAAGGGAAAAGGGACUGACUGGGUAAGGGAAAAGGGACUGGACUGGGUAAGGGGAAGGGACUGACUGGGGUAAGGGGAAGGGACUGGACUGGGUAAGGGGAAGGGACUGACUGGGUAAGGGGAAGGGACUGACUGGGUAAGGGAAAAGGGACUGACUGGGUAAGGGAAAGGGACUGACUGGGUAAGGGGAAGGGACUGACUGGGGAAGGGACUGAUGGGUAAGGGAAGGGACUGACUGGGUAAGGGGCAGGGACUGACUGGGAAGGACUGACUGGGUAAGGGACUGACUGGGUAAGGGAAGGGACUGACUGGGUAAGGGGAAGGGACUGAUGGGUAAGGGGAAGGGACGACUGGGUAAGGAAAGGGACUUGACUGGGGACUGACUGGGUGAGGGACUGACGGGUAAGGGAAAGGGACUGACUGGGAAGGGGAAGGGACUGACUGGGGACUGACUGGGUAAGGGGAAGGGACUGACUGGGUAAGGGGAAGGGACUGACUGGGGACUGACUGGGUGAGGGACUGACUGGGUAAGGGAAGGGAUUCUGACUGGGUAAGGGAAAGGGACUGACUGGUAAGGGAAAGGGACUGACUGGGUAAGGGGAAGGGACGACUGGGUAAGGGAAAAGGGAUGACUGGGUAAGGGGAAGGGACUG